GAGAUGAUCCUCCACAUGAAGAAAAAUCUGGUGAGACACGGGCGUCUCAGUCUUCCUCCAGACACUACACGUUACACAGCCAAGCCACCAAAAUGACCGCAGAUUUUACACAGAUUCUCAUGGCUCAUAACAACAAGAAGGAGAAGGGGGGCCUGCCACCACCUCCCCCUGAAAACGGUACCCACCCACAAGUCAUCACGCUACGCAAGGCUUCCUCCUCCUCCUCCCCCCCGAAAUACGUCUUCCUCACCGUCUUCAUCUUCAUGGUGGGCCUCACCGUCGUCACGAUGGGACUCCUGGUCAAGUGUGUGGACCGCUUAGACCGUUAUCAGGACAAGUUGGACCGUUAUGAAGAGAAACUAAGUCAAAAUGAGAGACGUGUCACACUCCUUGAAGGGGAUUUAGAACGUUUCAUUAAACAUUUGUUGCACGACCCUGACGAAGACGAGCUCGAGUACGAAACCCGAAGAGACAGCGACAUUUACGAGGAUGACGAAGAAGACGUCGUUGACGAAGAGGAGGAAGACCAUCUCCCCCCCGGAUUCCAGGUACCGAAAGGAUUUCACAGUGAGGAGGACAGCGUCGAAGAUAUCCUCGUCCGAGUGGGAGGAGAAGGACAGGACGAUGGACAAUAUGGGAAAGUCGAGCUCGAAAAGGACGAAACUACUCCUUCUCAUGCAAAAGAGGGUGUGAAAUCGAGGAGAAAGCGACAAAUCGCGUUUCCAAACACGCCCACCUUUGGCCCGGAAGUGGAACGGACCGAGUCUGGAGUGCCAAUUGUGGAGGAAAGCUAUUUGACCAGCUCCGGCGUCACGGCACGAUAUCCUUCUUCCAAUUCACGCCGUGGAGGAGACAACCAAGCGUUCAGGUUGUAUCAGAGUUUGGGAACUUCAUCCCGACCUUCCCACCGGAAUUUCGACUCUCCAAAUACCAAUCGUCAACCAGAAUCCUCCACCUCAUCGUCCACAUUGCUUCCACACCAUCAAAUCUCUGCGGCAUGGUCAGAACCAUCUUCUCCCCAACCACGAUCAAGACUCCAACUCAAAUCUGGCGAUAAUUAUGCCUCCACUUCCGGAGAGAGCACAUCCUCCCCAGCACGAUCACAAUCUAGUCGACGAUCCCAGCACUACACUUACCCCGGAAGAGGAGCAUCCUCCUCCACCCCAAAUUCUCACACGUUCAUUUCCUCCCCUUCUGGAAACUCUGGGGCGACCUACCACCGAAAUUCACGUGUUCCCUCGACCGGCGACUAUUUCUACCCGGGCGGAUCUACCACCACCACCUCACCCACAAAAACGUACAGCUCUUCCGCCAACGCCCACCGCGCCGUUAACGACGAAGCUUCCUCCACUCUCGUACAAUAUCCACCCCUCAGAAAGCUGAACGUGGGCAAUGGAGAGGGCGAAGUAAUUGCUCGCGUCCUCCAAACCGAUCGUGACGAUACCGACAACAAUUUCGCAUCUGCCAACCUCGGCGAAUCUGAGGCCUCCUCAUCCCGCCGAGUUUACCGGGGUCGCCAAAACCAGACCCCACUCACCCCCACGAGUACCGGACAGGGACAGGUCACCUCCUCCGCCCACACGGCGUCGUACUCCGGUCGUCCCAGGAAGUACGGGACUGGUGGAUACCGCAACAGAGACCAACUGUACGAUUCUUCCGGAGAAGUGACCGUGACGAAGGCGGAGGCGUAUGUCGAAGGGCCCAAACCCCUGGCGGCCCAUUAUGUCGCGGACGUUUCGAACUACACCACGGCGCACAAGCAUUACGACGGAAAUGGAAGGUUACGAAAUGCCGACGGGAUUUUUGAAGCUUGGCGACCCGCGGACUGGAUGACCGUCACGACGGCGAAUUCCGAGGGAGCCGCGGCUACUGCGAGCGGAUCGAAAAGCUUCGUACUUUCGCCGAAUGGGGUCCUUACGGUCAAAAAAGCUGGGCUGUACUAUAUUUAUGCACAGAUCCACUACCUCGACGAGCACGACAUUAACGGUUUCAUAGUCCAAGUGAACACUGACCCUUUGCUGCAGUGCACCACCAUGACGGAGACGUACAAUUCGGGGUCAAAGUCCAACUCGUGCUUCACCGCGGGCAUCCACUAUCUCAAGGCGGACGACCGCAUCACCAUCAAAGACAUUGAGACCAAUCGGUACUCGAUCUUCAAGCCGGAAAAGUCGUUCUUUGGUCUCAUGAAGGUCGGCGCUGUUCCGUAAAAUACUUUCAAUUAAUUUGCAUAAUUACACUUAAUUGGGAAAUCAACCUUCGGUUCCAAACCGUAAACAACUGCCCGUAAAUUCAUUCCAGUAAUUUAAUUGCACGUAUUCCGUGUUUAUUUUAUAAAUUAAUCCUUGUGUGAUAAGCAAAUGUUAUCAAGUUAUAUAUUUACAGCAUUAUUUAAUAUCUAUGAGUUAACUAUAAUUAAACUAAAUAAUUAUACCAACAUCAUAUUGUAAAAAUCAUCAAUACUUUUUUAACUUGAUCGACAAGUUCGUUGUGUGCGAUUUUGACAGAUUAUUACAUUACCAAAGUCAAAAAUAGGAACCAGUGACAAUGACCCCUGACCCACAAAAAAAGCUGAUUUGUUUCGUUCCACUGCUACUAUUUGUGUAAAUUUAUAAUAAAUUAUUAAAUUAA